AUGCCCAGAACCUAUCGCUGGCAAACCGAAAAUGAGCGAGAACAGAAAGCUUUUGUUGAAUCUCUCGUACAAUUAUUUUAUCGGGUAACUGGUAAUAAAGAUCUAUAUGUUGUUGGGCUAGACAUUGGUCGGUCUCGCCUAGGCCAGGAGCAAGUACCUCGCGAGACUCGCGUACCGUCUCCCACGCCGCCAUCAUUGGCGGCUUCUGAGAGCGCUCAAUCAUUUAAUACAGUUGGCUCGAUUCCAAGGCGUGGUGUGCUUCGCCCUCCAUCAAUUAGCUCGUUGGGGACCUCUGUCGACACCCGUUCUCGUGCGGGCUCUAUUGCAGGCUCCUUUCGUCGCGAGAAAGAGCGCGACCCGGAGCCUGAACCACAACCUCCCACCCCACGCGUUCCGAAACAGCGACCGGCUCCCCAAUCGUAUGCUUCCGACGCAUCGGGACCCCGUUCAAGGCCUACAACGCCCUCCGCCAAUAUGCAAGAUAGCCACCCACCGGCUAUUCCUCGUCCACGACGCCAACCCCAGCCAUCACCACCUACCACUCCCAGACAGUCUAGUAGGAGCGUGCCGACCCGUAACUCGGAGCGCUCAUCGCAGGCCAAUAGUGAACGGGAGCGGGUAUCCCAGGCUGAGAGAGAACGCGUGUCACAAGCCGAUUCUCGCCCACCACAACCAUCGAUUGUGAUUCCCCCGACCCUCCAGGAUGGGGUACCCUCUCCCCGCAUUAGAACGCCUAUCAGGGGAUCUCCAGCUCAAUACCAGAACACACCUCUAUCUCGAAUCGCAUCGAAAGCAACUGUCCGGCCCCCUUCUCCAGAUGUGGUUCCUUCGCCAACUGUAGCGCAGCCACCACGGCGUGACCCGAAUGCCCGUAUAUCCUAUUUCGACCCAACGAAUCAAGCAGUCCUUGAACGGCUGCUGCAGCAGGGUGCAGAUGGAGAUGUCGGCGAAUCUGCAUUGUCGAAUGUAGAGGAUAUGUUAGACGGCUUUGAGUGGCGCUUGAAGAGUGGUGGUGCUUCGGGAGGUACAGCAGACCAAAUUGAGGCCCGGCUGAAAGAUGAGCUCCUGGCACUUGAAAAGGCAAGUCUAUUUCGACACAGGGAUGCACUGUACCUGAGAUUGAAGCAGGCGAACAUCCACUCAUUUGUUGAAUCGGAUGAUCGAUUGGCCUUGGUUCUCAAAUUUAUUGACGAUGCACUCAACGAAUUAAACGAUAUGGACAGCAUGAUAUCAAGCUAUAAAGCUGUUGGCGACGACAUCAGUUACAUUCAGUCUCAGAAUCGUGGAUUGCAGGUACAAACUCAGAAUCAGAAAGUACUUCUUAAUGAGAUUGAAAAAUUGCUGCAAACCGUUCAUGUCGACCGAGAUGCGCUUCUUGUUCUCACUCAAGAGUCGUUGGAGAACCAGCGCGGUAUUCAAAGACUUGAAGACGCUGCAGCCCAACUAUAUCGUGCAUUGCUUGCCGGUCGCGAUAGGGAUAUGUCCGCCACUAUUGAACGCUUGGCAGAGUACAAGACUUACAAUCAGCAAUUUUGUGUUCGGAUAGUCGAAUUUCUGGGUGUUAUGUUUGGUUAUCAGUCAGAGCAACUGCUGGAUUAUGCUGAAAAGGCGAAACAAACCCGCACUCAACCAACACUCCACCCACACACACCUAUGGAGAAAUACCUUGGCAAAUAUAGUGGUUUGAUAUUGUACCUGAGAGAGAUGGAUGAGAGCAGGUAUUCCAAAGUGUGCGCGACUUACUUCUCAGCGGCUAGCGAUCUCCACGGCAAAGAAAUUCGAGCACUCUUCAUGAAGCACAUCGAAAUCGUUCAACGCGCGCCUGAAGAAGAUGGAGAUAAUAGUUUUGCGCCCCCGCCCCAACAAAGCGCGGUUUCACGCGCUGGAGGGACUGUCCGACGUGCUGGGACAGCUGUAUCUAGGUCACCCAUGGACAAAAAGAGCGCGCAGAAACCGGCAUUCGAUCACGCUCUAAGCCAAGUGAUUGUUCAAAUUCACGCUGAAGACGCAUUCAUCUCCCGAUUCCUCCAUACGACAGAUUCAACCCUGAGCUACGCUGACUAUAUGAAUCUCGAUAAUUACUUCAAGCGCCAGGCCUCACGCGGACUCGGCCUCAGCGAUACAACGCUUAAACUCGUUCGUGGUGCAAUGGAUCUGAUAUUUGGAUUUCUCCCCCAGGAGAUAAAGUCAUGGGUUGAAGGUGUCUCGAAACGAGACUCCCUACAGCUAGUAGGGAUCAUUGCCGUGCUCCAGCGAUAUGUUGCUGAGGCACAAGAAAGAAACGACGCCUUUGUGGAUCGUCUGCUGGGAAAACCUCUACAGAGACUGAACGGGUUAUACCAACGCCAAGUUGAGGAACAUCUACAGGCUAUUGAACAGACGAAAUUGACCACUAAGAAACGCAACGGCGUUGCACAUUUCAUACGAUACUUCCCCACAUUUGUUGGACGUAUCGAAGCUCAAUUGGUUGGCGCUCAAGGCUAUGAGAUACGAAAAAUUGUUGACGCGGCGUACGAACGUAUCGUCCAAGCCAUGUUUGAGGCACUUCAACAAAUGGCUAAGAUGGAUGGUACAGAGGCAAAAGAUCCGGAUGACAAGGGUGUAUUGAAUUAUCAUGUCAUCAUGAUCGAAAAUAUGCACCAUUUUGUCGCCGACAUGACACAACUUGAACUGGGGGCUGUGCGAGCGUUUGUAACGCGUGCUGAAGAAACCUACCACCGAGAGUUAUCGGCUUAUGUGACGUUCGUACUCCGAAGGCCCAUGGCCAAGAUCAUCGAUUAUUUUGACGGAGUGGAACGACUCUUGCAAACGACCGCCCCCUCUGAAAUUUCGAACAACAGCAAUUUCAGCCGGUCGGCGCUCAAGAAAGUGGUUAAAGAAUACGAUUCAAAAGAUAUGCGCAAGAACGUUGAUGGCUUGUAUAAGCGUGUUGAAAAGCACUUCGAUGCUGAGGAAGGGUCCACGAUACCUGCAGGGCACAAUGGAGCUACUGCACCUGUGCUUGUGGGCGUAUGGAAUGCUUGUGAAGAACAAUUGUUGCGGCUUACCGACAGGUGGAUCAAGCUAAUUGGCCAAUGCUAUCCUGACAGCGGGGUCUCACUCGAGUACACCACAGGAGAUGUCGUUAGCAAGUGCAUUGUUCCAAAUACCGUAGCCCUCACCUUUGACGAUGGCCCAUACUGGUAUACGUACGAUAUCUCAAAGGCGAUCCUUGCGGCCGGUGGAAAAGCUACGUUCUUCGUGAAUGGAAACAAUUAUGGUUGUAUCUAUGAUCCGGAUAACGUCAAGCGCAUCAAGUAUCUCCACAAAAAUGGACACCAGCUCGCCUCCCACACUUGGGGCCACAAGGACUUGGCUACACUCACCUGGGAUCAAGUACAUGAUGAGAUGUGGCGCGUUGAAGAGGCAUUGACUAGGAUUGUUGGUGUCACCCCUGCGUUUAUGAGACCCCCAUUUGGAAGCUAUAACGAUAACGUCCUUGCAGCCUCUGCUGUCCGUCAUCAGAAAGUCGCCAUCUGGGACUUCGAUAGCGGCGAUUCGACCGGCUCCAGCCCUGCUCAAUCUAAGCAGAAAUAUACCGAUAUUGCCAAUCAACGCCCUUCGUCGAUCCUCACACUUAACCACGAGACUUACGCGUCUACUGCAUUCGAUGUCCUUCCCCACGCUAUCUCUGUGCUCAAAGGCAAAGGCUACAGGUUCGUUACUCUUGCGGAAUGCCUUGGCGAGCAGCCCUACCAACCUCCUAAAGAGCCCACCCCUGGUCCCUGGACCUGCUAA